CACAUGCACCUAGCUUGCACGCACACACUCACUCACACACUCACACACACACAGAUACAGACACAGACUUCUUCUACUUCUGAAUUGUGGUUAUGGAACGGUUCUUAUUUAAUCAGGUAAAUCUCACCUGGCGAUUGUGCACAGGGUGAACAAUGAGGGGGAGGGGGACCCCUUCUACGAGGUCAUGGGAAUCGUCACACUGGAGGACGUCAUCGAGGAGAUCAUCAAAUCUGAGAUAGUGGACGAGACAGACCUGUACACGGAUAACCGCAGCAAGAGGCGAGUGUCCCACCAUGAGAGGAAGAUGCAGGAUUUCUCAGUGUUCAAACUCUCAGAGAGCGACAUGAAGGUGAAGAUCUCACCACAGCUAAUGCUGGCUACACACCGCUUCCUGGCUACAGAGGUGGAGCCCUUUAAGCCAGCGCAUCUCUCGGAGAAGAUCCUGCUGCGUCUGCUCAAGCACCCAAGCGUCAUGCAGGAGCUCAAGUUUGACGAGCGCAACAAACGCUCGCCGCAACACUUCCUGUUCCAGCGCAACAAGCCCGUUGACUACUUCCUCCUGGUUCUACAGGGGCGAGUAGAAGUGGAGGUUGGGAAGGAGGAACUGCGCUUUGAGAAUGGAGCCUUCACCUACUACGGUCUCCCUGCCAUCACAUCUCUCCUGCCAACAGUCCAUAGAUCCCCCUCUAGAAGCAGCGGUCUGAAUCGCUCCGACUCCACUCUGCACGCGUACAGUGUGGGCCAACUCAGCAUAGGGGGCGGAGCCUAUCUACCGGACUACUCUGUUAGACAACUCACCAAUCUCCAAGUUGUAAAGGUUACUCGUGGUCACUACCAGAAUGCUCUGACAGCGAUGCGCAUGGACAUCCCCCACACUCCCGACGCAGAGACGCAGGGGGAGGGGGCCCGACCGGCCGGCCCGGAAACACGCUCACACAGCAUCGCCCUGCCAGUCACACGGCCCGAGCACAAACACCCCAGUGCUGGCACUCUCACUGAGCACACACACCUCCACACAGCCACUCACAGCGAGCAGGAGAGCGACAGCACCAGCAGCCUCAACGAGAGGAACCGCAUCGUCCGGAGUAAAUCAGAUGGCCAGAGGAGUCCCAGUGAUUCUGUGUUUCUGCGGUUGGAGGAGAUUCCCUACAGUCGAGAUACACACCAGGAUACACACACCACAGGCAACGGGAGGAGAAGACUGUCAGAUACUGAGGAGACAGAGGCGCCUAGCAAAGCCUAGCGAUGAGCGGGGGGCGAGCAGCUUCCUCCUCUCAGUUGUGUGUUCUACACACCCACACCUGACCUCUGACCUCUCACCUCGCUCAGGGCCCUCUGAGGAUGAAAGAGAGGAUGAUGAAGACGAAGAUGCUCUCUUCCGUCCGUCACAGAUGCUGACUCACAGAGAGCCCUGGCAUGACACACACAGACAACAUGACUACAGCCUUUGUCUCCACAGCUACCAUGACGACGGUUGGCAUGGCUACAGUGGGAGUGAGUGGGCCCUGAUGACAUCACAGGGAUGCUGCCUGCCUGCCUAUGUCGUACAUGCUGCAUUUCC